GCGGUGAUAUACUUACAGAUAUGCCUUUCUGCUGAGCUAUGGGGCGGGACAACGCAGAAGUGGUGGUCGUAGCUAUUUAUGGGUAGAUUAAAGAUUUGCCUCCGUAUGGAUUAAUUUUAACACCAGAAAAGUUUCCAUUGAACGAAGAAUACGUUCACCAGCUACCAAACAUUUGGAAAAUUCUCGACCUGGCUUCAAGUUUAACAGUCCCGGAGACCCUACCCAGCAAAGUAAAGAAACGUGACAUGCCACAUCAGUGAUGGAGACCAUGGCUGUGAGCACGUCUGUGGUGGGGCCUGAUGAGUUUGACCGCAACGCGCCGCGGAUCUGUGGCGUCUGUGGAGACAAGGCCACAGGCUUCCACUUCAACGCCAUGACCUGUGAGGGCUGCAAAGGCUUCUUCAGACGCAGCAUGAAGCGUAAGGCCAGUUUCACCUGCCCCUUCAACGGCAGCUGCACCAUCACCAAGGACAACCGACGGCACUGCCAGGCCUGCCGGCUCAAACGCUGCGUGGACAUCGGCAUGAUGAAGGAGUUCAUCCUGACAGAUGAGGAGGUGCAGAGGAAGAAGGACCUGAUCCAGAAAAGGAAGGAGGAAGAGGCGGCGCGGGAGGCCUUGAGACCUAGGCUGAACGACGAGCAGAGCCAGGUCAUCGCCUCAUUGGUGGAGGCCCACCACAAGACCUAUGAUGACUCCUACUCUGACUUCUCACGCUUCAGGCCCCCAGUGCGAGAGGGCCCAGUAACACGCAGUGCCAGUCGUGCAGCCUCCCUUCACUCUCUGUCAGAUGCCUCCUCAGACUCCUUCAACCACUCACCAGAGUCUGUGGACACCAAGCUGAUGAACUUCAGCAGUCUGUUGAUGAUGUACCAGGACAGUGCAGGCAGCCCAGACUCCAGUGAGGACGAUGGCUCCAAGCUCUCUAUGCUGCCCCACCUGGCUGACCUGGUCAGCUACAGCAUCCAGAAGGUCAUCGGCUUCGCUAAGAUGAUUCCUGGCUUCAGAGGGCUGACUGCUGAGGACCAGAUCGCCCUGCUGAAAUCCAGUGCCAUCGAGAUCAUCAUGCUGCGUUCCAACCAGUCCUUCAACCUAGAGGACAUGUCCUGGAGCUGUGGUGGUGGUCCUGACUUCAAGUACUGCGUCAACGACGUCACCAAGGCGGGUCACACUCUGGACCUGUUGGAGCCACUGGUGAAGUUCCAGGUGGGCCUGAAGAAACUCAAGCUCCAUGAGGAGGAACACGUGCUGCUCAUGGCCAUCUGCCUGCUGUCUCCAGAUCGACCUGGGGUGCAGGAUCACGCUAAGAUCGAGGUUCUCCAGGACCGUCUGUCAGAGGUGCUCCAGGCCUACAUCAGAGUGAACCACCCAGGAGGACGGCUGCUCUACGCCAGGAUGAUCCAGAAGCUGGCCGACCUGCGCAGCCUCAACGAGGAGCACUCCAAGCAGUACCGCUCGCUGUCCUUCCAGCCAGAGCACAGCAUGCAGCUCACCCCGCUGGUGCUGGAGGUGUUUGGGAGCGAGGUGUCAUAGCAGCCCCUCUGACCCCUCCCCAUGAGGGACCCCCAAGAUGGCGUUGAGUUGCUGGAUGGAGGGUUCAGCGAUGGAAGGGUAUCUGAGGGGGGAUAGCCGAAUGGACCUGAUAGUGUCACUGUCAAAGAAGGUUUUGGGGGGUUAAUUAGGGGAUUAUGGGUAAAGAGAGUGAGGGGCUUUGAUAAGGUUGGAAUUUCCCAUUGAUAAGAAAAAGGGAAUUUCAAACAGAAUGUAUUUAUAAAUAUAUAUACAUACAUACAUAAGCUAAUAUCUAUAUUUAAAAAAAGGUUGUUUCGAUUAAAACAAAUGGAUGAGUAAUCUAAUGUAUAUGAUAGGAUAUGUAGGCCCUAUUUGUGUGCAUAUGAAUGUGUGUAUGUGUUGACAUGGUGUUUCAAAUGUAAAAAAUGUAAUGCAUGCAUACAAGCAUACACGCACAGACACACCCCGAGUAGAGUGUGAGGGGCCUUCUAUUUUUGAUGUUUGUAUAUUGAAUGACCACAAGAGGGUGUUGUGCACAGGCUCUGACUGAGUGUUUAGUAGUGGGACUAACAUCUGUGUUUCAGUAACAGUUAAUGGAUUGGUUAAAGUGCAGGCUACAUGGGAUAUGUGUGGAAAAUCUGGAAACUAUUUGGAUCUGUUGCCCCUUCAAAUAUAUACAUUUGCCACUCAAAAAGCUCUUGCCUUCAUAAGAGGAAAGAGCAACAUGUUUUUAGUUCAUUUUCAUUAUGGAUUAUUGGCUAGCUAAAAUAAAAUGAGCUAAACUAACCUAGUAAGGUGGCUAACGGCCAUGCCUCAGGGAGAAGUUAGCCGUUGCUAAAUACAUAUGUACAGUUGAAGUCGGAAGUUUACAUACACCUUAGCCAAAUACAUUUAACUCAGUCUUUCACAAUCCCAGUAAAAAGUCCCGGUUUUAGGUCAGUUAGGAUCACCACUUUAUUUUAAGAAUGUGAAAUGUAAGAGAAUGAUUUCUUUCAGCUUUUAUUUCUUUCAUCACAUUCCCAGUGGGUCAGAAGUUAUACACUCAAUUAGUAUU